GACGUCAUCUCCACCGGGCGCGGGCGACGGGCGCGUUCCCUGGUUGUGGGUCUCCGCGUGCUGGGGUCGCCGUCGCCGGCCGUGAGGCAGCGACAGAGAGCACAGCCGCCGGCGGCCCGUUUCCCCCGCUGCGGGUCAGCAGCUCGCGUCGGGUCCCACGGAGAUGGCGGACGAUCUGGGAGACGAGUGGUGGGAGAACCAGCCGGCCGCCGCCAGCAGCCCAGAACCAUCAGGUGGUGAGGAAGGAGGAGACCCAGAAAUGACGCCGCAGGACACCGCUCCAGCUCCUGAGCCAGCAAACAAAACCAGACAGCCUACAGAGUGUUUCUUGACACAACCAAAGGAAACAAAAGAGGAAGCCCGGAAGACCAGGAAGUGGAAAAAGAAGAAAAUUUCUGAUAUUCUUGCAAAAUCAGAACCCAAACCAGGGAGCCCUGGAGACCUUCAGCAGCUUGUCAAGGACCAUUACAGUGGCAGUCGGUCUGUGAUUGAGUUAGAAGAGCUGAACCUACCAGACUCCUGUUUCCUCAAGGCCAACGAUUUGACUCACAGUCUCUCUUCAUACCUAAAAGAAAUCUGUCCUAAGUGGGUCAAACUUCGGAAGACCCACGGCGAGAAGAAGUCGGUUCUGAUGCUGAUCCUCUGCAGCUCUGCUGUGCGAGCCCUGGAGCUCAUCAGGUCACUGACAGCAUUCAAAGGAGAUGCCAAAGUUAUGAAAUUAUUUGCAAAACAUAUAAAGAUCCAGAAGCAGGUAAAGUUGCUGGAGAAGCGUGUGAUACACCUGGGUGUGGGAACUCCAGGGAGAAUCAAAGAACUUGUUAAACAAGAUGGCCUUAAUUUGAACCCCUUAAAGUUUCUGGUUUUCGACUGGAACUGGAGAGAUCAGAAGCUAAGGAGAAUGAUGGACAUUCCCGAGAUAAGAAAAGAGGUUUUUGAGCUUCUAGAUAUGGGAGUAUUUAGCCUGUGCAAGUCGGAGUCCUUGAAGCUGGGCCUUUUCUAAGCCUGGGUCCUGGUGAAGUAUCCAGUUGCCAACAUCCCGCAAGUGCUCAGUAACUACCUACCGUGAUGUAAUGAUGUGAACUGCAUCCGUCACCCGGUGGGUCACUGAGAAUGCGUACUGGGGAUUCUUGGACAGCUGUCCUCCGGCUCAUGCCCUCACACAAUAAAGAAGCUCUGCCUUG